AUGCAACAUCCUACCUACAUCCGUGAUCGGUCGACAUCGCCAUCUGAGUCGCCCUCUAACAAAUUGAUCAAGGCACGCUCGACGACCGACCUCAAUGCUAUCGCGGCCGCGAACCGCAUGAGGGAAACUUCCCAAGAGCCGACAUUUCGAACGCUGGCAGAUCCGCGCAACGCCAGUAUGACAGAUCUCUCCAAGACUGGGUCGCGUUCGCCUAGCGAAAGGCAUCCCGAUUUGAGCGCAGAGGUGUCGGCUCUUAGUGACAAGCUUGUGAGCGCCAUCGAGCACAACGGUGUUCUGGACGAGAAGUUGUCCGAGACUCGACGCGAACUCGAGGAAUCGAAAGCGCGAAUAGCAAAGUUGGAAGCGGAGGCUAAAGAACAUCAAGAACGAUUGUCUCGGGGCGAUUUGUUGACCAAGAAAGACGCUGAAGACUUCAAUGGAAAACUCGCCACAGAGCUGGCCGAAGAGAAAAGGCAAAGGAGUCUGGCUCAGCAAGAAAAGAGAGGUAUCGAAACCGAACUGGAGACUUUGACGGCCUCUCUGUUUGAUGAGGCUAACAAAAUGGUCGCGGCGGCCAACAUGCAGCGCGAUGCGGUCGAGAAGAAGAACAACCAACUCAGAGAUCAGAUCAAAGAUGGCGAAGCACUCAUUGCUUCGCAAACAGAGCAGAUGACGGAGCUUAAAGUUCUUAUGCAGCAGAUAGGGACAGAGCAUCGCAAGGAGCUGCAGUCUCCGCGCUCGUCUGUAGGUCCUGCCAGUCCUGGUCUGAAGAGGGAAGACAGCGAUCUCGCUCGCGCGCUCGAAGCAAUGAACCUUACGCCAGCGUCAGGCGACAAUCUCGAAAUCGCACCAACUCCGGCAACAAGCCUCACACACCUUCUGCGUCCCGAAUGUCGGACCGAUGUCCCAGCCUACGACGACUUUAAGAACCUCAUCGAAGCUUCGCGCAUACGGUCACACACGCCGUCUCAUGCCCCUUCAAGAGCAGGCUCGGGCAACUAUGCUGGCUUGAAUGUGAUGGGCUUGUCAUUUGCAAACAACUCCAAUCCGAAUCUGGCAGCAGCACCAGCCAGCAAGACCUCCAGUAAUCCUUCUAUACCGGGCUCCUUCAGUCCUAACGCUGAUGCAAAGGGCCCUCAAGCCUUGAAAGACACUCGAUUUUUCAAGCGGAUAAUGUCCGAAGACAUCGAACCGACACUACGGCUGGAUCUGUCGCCCACGAUCUCCUGGCUCAACAGGCGCAGCAUUAUUGGAGCUCUCGCAGAAUCGAAUUUGGUUGUGGAGCCCAUUCCUGAAGCCUCGAUGAAGCUGUAUGGCAAAUAUACCACGUGCGCAAUCUGCGGCGAAUCCCGUAAGCAGAACGAGAAUCCGAGAACUCAUCAGAUGAGGGUGCGGGAGGGUGAAGGUGCAACAAAGUGGAGCAUCUGCCGAUUGUGCCUAGAAAAGGUACGAGGAGUGGGAGACUUGAUCGCUUACGUACGGAUGAUUCGUGAAGGUGUCGUCAAAUGCGGCGAUCGCAAGGAGGAAGAGGAGGCGUGGGAAGAGCUUGUCAAGAUGAGAGAGCGGCUCUUCUGGGCUCGUAUGGCUGGAGGUGUCGUGCCUGCAUUUGUGCCUUCCAACAAGGGAAGCCCGACAGCAAGCGGCGGCUUCCUGCGCCGGCCAAGCGAAGAAGGUGCGGCUUAUGCGAAGUCGCCGCUGGGUCAGCACGCACCUGCCAGUGGUAGCGAGUCGUCGUCGCCGAGCCUACACUCUGCACAGCAGUCCCGUAGUGGGAGUCCAGAACGGACUGAAGAAGAGAAGAAGCUUGACGCCGAAACAACAGCACAGCUUCAGCAGGGUCUAGACGACAGUCUGACCACCUUUGACAACUAUAAGGAGAAAAGGGCGUCCCUGGCGGACGCCGGCACAAAGACUCCACCUGCGACACCGCCGCGACCAGGCCACGGGCCUAGAAAUAGCAGCGGGAGUGGCAUCAAUUUUCCUAAGAUCAGCAUACCCAAGAUGCCGGAUAAUUUCUGGAACAGUCAGGUCAAUACGCUGCAUUGA